AUGUUUGGUGCGAUCCUGACGCGGGAAUUCAGGAGACAGAAGAACAGACAGCGCGAGGAAGCCGGGCGAGUGGCUCAGCCAGCCCCUCGCCGUCGCCCCGCGAAGCGCCCCGCGCGUGUGCACGCUACAGCGAACCCGGAGAUGGAGCAGGUAGCCAAGACGGCGUCCCACGGAAGGGCGUCGCAGCCCUCGGCGUUCCGAGUGUGCGCGGUGGAGCCUGCACUGGCACAGCGCAUCGCCGACCGCUACGACCUCUGGCCGAGCGACGCCGCGCACAGCAUCGUCUAUCACCCGUGCUACAACAUCGGCUUCUUCGGCGUGGAGAACUUCCAUCCGUUCGAUUCGAAGAAAUACCAAAAGGUGGUCGCGUACCUCGGCAAGCGCGGCGUGCUGCCCACGACGUGGACGGGCGGCCUCCCCGGCGGCGUCGCCAUCGCCCCGCGCGAGGCCACGGAGGCCGAGCUGCUCGACUUGCACGAGAAGGCCUACCUCGACGCGCUCCGGCACUCCAAAAAGGUCGCGCAGGUGUGCGCGCUGGACCUCCUCGGGUUCCUGCCGUCCUUCAUCCUCGUCCCGCGCCUCGUCCGGCCCAUGCGGACCAUGGUGCACGGCACGACGCUGGCGCUGGCCGUCGCCGCGACGCGCGGCGCGUGCCUGCACCUCGGGGGCGGGAUGCACCACGCGUGCGCCGAGGACGGCGACGGCUGGUGCAUGUUCGACGACUGGUACCUCGCGCUGCGCCGCCUGCGCGUGGCCUCGGGCGGCGCGGUGCGGCGCGCGCUGUUCAUCGACACCGACGCGCACCAGGGCAACGGGCUCGAGCGGGACAUCAUGACGUUCGGGGACGCGGACGUCGAGGUCCUGGACGUGUUCAACGAGGAGAUCUACCCGCUGGACUACGACGCGCGCCAGGCCAUCCACGUGCCGGUCCCGCUGCGGUGCAACACCAAGGACAAGGCGUACUUGUCGAAGCUGGCCAAGGCGCUGGAGAGCACGCUCGGGCAGCAGGCGCAGAAGCAGUACGACGUCGUGAUGUACAACGCUGGCACCGACGUCCUGGACGGCGACCCGCUCGGCGUGCUGAAGGUGAGUCCCGAGGGCGUGGUGAGGCGGGACGAGAUGGUGUUCCGGGCGGCGCUGGACGCCAAGGUGCCCAUCGCGCUGUGCACCAGCGGCGGGUACGCCUCGAACUCGUGGCACGUGAUUGCGCAGUCGUUCGAGAACCUGCACAACAAGUUCGGGCUGCUGACGCCCCCGCGCCAAGGCGGCGGCUAG